UUUUUUUAUUUCUGUUUUUCUGUUUAAAGCUUUCAUUCCAGAUUUAAAGUUUUCAUUUUUUUGUUUUGUCUUUCUUCUCAUUUCAUGUUAAAGUUCUGAAGCCCAUUUUUGGUAUUUCUGUUUUGUGUUAAUUUGCCUUUGUGGGUGUAUUAUUGUUGCUCAAUUUUUGAACAGGGAACAGUUUAAUUUCUAAUAAAGUUCCAAUUUUUAUUUUUCUAUUCUUGAGCUGUGGUAGAAAUUGUGCAAAUAUCUAUUUGCAUUUGUGGAGAUGGGUAUUUUAAAUUGUGGGUGUUCUAUUUUUGCUCAAUUUUUGAAUUGGGAUCAGUUGAUUUCCUAAUAAAGUUUUGAUUUUUAUUCUUGAGCUGUGCUAGAGAUUGAGAAAAUAUCUAUUUUUUCACUUGAUUUCCUGUCAACCUCACCCCCAAAUCAAUUUAAUUUCAAUGCUCAUCAUGGGGUAAUUAUUUUAUUCUAGAGCUGUGCUAGAAAUUGAGCAAAUAGACUCUUUCCCCCUCAUGUGUAUUCGAAUGAUUUGGAGCCAAAUUGAGCGAAAUGGCGUAGACGAUUCAUAUAGCCGUCUCUAACUUUGUUUGGGAUUAAGGCGUAGUUGAUGGUUGACUAAUAGAGGCUAAACCUAGUAGUGUCAGAUCUGCUAGUUAAAAACAGUGUAUGCUGUCAAAAGGGGUAAAUUCUUGAAAGUUUUUCUUGAUAAACAGGAACAUGAUCAUUGAGGGCCAAAGUAAUUCUCAUUUUCACCCUUCUAAAUGUUGAAGGGGAUCCUUGGCGUAACUGGUAAAUUUGCUUCCAUGUGACCAGGAGGGCACCGGGUUCAACCCGUGGAAACAGCCUCUUGCAGAAAUGCAGGGCUUGUUAAUGUGAUAAAUAGAGAUGUCGUUUAAGAGCAUUGUCCGUGAGCUGAGAGAGAUGAAAGAUGGGAUAGGGAGUAUAUCAAGGAGGGGAAUGGAAGGAAGGCAUUGGCGAAACAGAACCCGAUCACAUAUAGCACCUGAUGUAUCACAUUUUGAUCCCGACGAACAAGGCCAAUGGGCAAAUUUAGCAUCAGAAUUGCUAUUGGAUAUUAUCCGCAGGGUUGAAGAGAGUGAGACGUCAUGGCCUGCUCGGACCGUUGUAGUCUUUUGUGCUUCCGUUUGUAAGUCAUGGAGGGAAGUUACUAAAGAAAUUGUCAAGACUCCUGAGGAAUGUGGUAGGCUCACUUUCCCCAUUUCACUGAAGCAGCCGGGUCCCCGUGAAUCCCCAAUUCAUUGCUUUAUUAAGCGGGACAGAGCUAAUUCUGUUUAUCGCCUCUACUUUGGUUUGACUCCAUCUGAGGAUGAAAGCGAUAAGCUAUUGCUGGCUGCCAAAAGGACCAGAAGGGCAACAAGCACAGACUUUGUAAUUUCAUUGGUUGCGGACGAUUUUUCUCGAGCUAGCAGUGCAUAUGUUGGAAAACUGAGAUCUAACUUUCUCGGGACCAAGUUCACCGUAUAUGAUAGCCAACCUCCAAGUGAUACUGUGAUUCAACAUCGCGGUCGACUUAGUCGACGAUUCAGCAUGAAGCAAGUUUCUCCGACAGUACCUGCAUACAACUACAGUGUCGCCACCAUUAACUAUGAACUCAAUGUUCUCCGAACAAGAGGGCCUAGGAGAAUGCAUUGCGCCAUGCAUUCUAUCCCUUUCUCCUCUAUUCAAGAGGGAGGCAGCGCUCCAACACCUAAAUCAUUCCCACAAUCUUUUGACGAGAAGUCAUCUCCCCCACCAGUCUCAAAACCAAAGCAGCCAACUGUAGAUAUCAGCUCGCCCGGCUUUUCAAGCUCGACAGUGUCAGUGCCUUCUCGAGAGCCACUCGUGCUAAAAAACAAGGCCCCUAGAUGGCAUGAACAAUUGCAGUGCUGGUGCCUAAAUUUUAAAGGCCGCGUUACUGUGGCGUCUGUGAAAAAUUUUCAGCUAGCGACAGCAGUUGAUCCUUCUCAGAAUAUACCAGCUGCAGUACAAGAAACAGUAAUAUUGCAAUUUGGCAAAAUCGGAAAAGACAUCUUCACCAUGGAUUACUGCUACCCGCUAUCUGCCUUCCAAGCUUUCGCAAUCUGCUUGAGCAGCUUUGACACGAAACCAGCAUGCGAAUGAUUUUCGUGCAGAAUGUAAAUCAUGAUAAUUUUUGUUUCUUGGUUGCUGCAUAAUGUUCUGAAUGAUGUUUAUAUUUCUCUGAGAAGUUCUCAACGUACCGCAAUAUUUAUGAAUGAGAAUAUCAGUAUAUGCGUGCAGUA